ACUUUUUAUAUUGGUGUGAGUGUUAUAAAGAUGUGCAGUGGAAGUGGCUGUUUUCAAGUAGCAACAUGGAGACCAGGAGACUGCUACAAACAAGUCUAACCAUGUUAAUCCUUGUGACCAGCAGCUAUGGAGGACAUUCAAAAUCAAAGCCUGCUGUGAAAAUGGACCAGGCUUUGUUAACAUUUCAUAACCAGCUGACAGAAGAGGUUCAGGUCUUCUACACGAUGGAUUACUGCUACGAGUGUGUCUAUCAGCAUUUGGCCACUGUGGAACCCAACAACAGCAAUGCAUCAGUGAUCAGCACUAAAUACCCUCUGACCGUGCGAGUGGACUCACAGACCAGGAACGAAUCUCUUUGCAGGUGGAGUCAGACAUAUGGAGAGGGUGGUUAUUUCUCUGUUCGGAUCCAGAUGUCAGAGGCCACCAGUGGUCCCAGCUGCAUUCACACAGUUGAUAAAACACCAAACAACGCAUACCUGCCUGUUCUGGUGGCAGCUCUCUCACUGGCUGUAAUCGCUCUCUUAUUCGCUGUGGUACCCUACAUAUACAGGAGGCGUCGUACAUCAAAAUUUAUUGAAACCAUUUGCUGCCAAGGCCCACAAUACUCAUUGGAUAAUGACGGACCACAUGCUUCUGAAGCCGAGCACAACACCACUGAAGCUAAACCACAACGUCUGCGCUCGCUGGACACUUUCCGAGGGUUUUCCCUGACAGUGAUGGUUUUUGUGAACUAUGGUGGAGGUGGCUACUGGUUCUUUCAACAUGCACCAUGGAACGGUCUAACUGUGGCAGAUCUUGUCAUGCCAUGGUUUGUGUUUAUUAUUGGGACUUCAGUCGUGUUGGCUUUCAGAUCCAUGCAGAGGAGAGGAGUCAGCCGCCUGCAACUGCUGCGCAAAAUCUCCUGGAGAACAGUCGUCCUGCUGAUGCUCGGCUUCUGCUUCCUCAACUACUCUCCACGAGACGGACUACUGUCCUGGUCCUGGCUGAGGAUCCCUGGAGUGCUGCAGCGUCUGGGCUUCACCUACUUUGUUCUGUCACUCUUGCAGACUUUCUGGGGCCAGAGAGAAAUCCCACUGACAGCGCAUCAUUGGUGGAACCCCAUCCAGGAUGUGGUCCUUUAUUGGCCCCAGUGGCUGAUAAUCAUCCUGCUGGAGACUCUGUGGCUCUGCAUCACUUUCCUCAUGCCGGUGCCCAACUGCCCUACAGGGUAUUUGGGAGCUGGUGGAAUUGGUGAUGAUGGUCUUUACCCAAACUGCACUGGAGGCGCAGCAGGAUACGUUGAUAGAUGGAUGUUUGGUAAUAACAUGUUCAGAUACCCCACAUGCAAAGAAAUGUAUCACACCACACAGCCCUUUGACCCAGAGGGGGUUCUGGGUACAAUCAACUCCAUUGUCAUGGGAUUCUUGGGGAUGCAGGCUGGGAAAAUUAUCAUUUACUACAAGGGUAUGAACUGCCACAUCCUCUGUCGGUUCCUCCUGUGGGCCAUCAUCCUGGGAAUCUCCGCAGCCAUCCUUACUAAGUGCACACGAGACGGAGGAUUUAUACCUGUCAAUAAAAACCUUUGGUCGCUGUCAUAUGUGAUGUGUAUGGGCUGUUUCUCCUUCCUGCUGCUGGGAGGCAUGUACUUUGUCACUGAUGUGAAAGGCUGGUGGGCUGGUCGGCCCUUUGUUUACCCAGGGAUGAACUCCAUCUUUGUGUAUGUUGGCCACUCUCUGUUGGGUUUCUACUUCCCGUUCAGCUGGGAGAUGCGCUUCCAGACAAGCCACUGGGAGUGGCUCUUCCAAAGCCUGUGGGGAACUGCGCUGUGGGUGCUCAUCGCUUACCUGCUGUACAGGAAGAAAUUCUUCCUCAAAAUAUAAACCAGUAUGAUCAUCUACUCUGUGGAUGCUGCUCUCUUAUUAUUAUUCAAUUCUAAACGAACACAAUUCAUGAUAAGGUAUAUGGAUUAUUAUAACAUCUGCUGUAGUUUUUUUUUUCUAAUCUGGCCAACUGUUCUCUGCUUAAUGGCUUAAGUUUAGUUUUCAUUGACAUACGACCUCCCUACUUACAUAUUCAGUGAAUUGUACUGAUGCUAAUAUCCAGGCCAUCUGAAGAAUCAAGCCGCUCAGACAAACUGCUUCAAGUUUUAAUCCAACACAAGCUGCAGCACAGGUGGAAUAGAAGUGUGAAAAUGUUCAUCCAUGAAACCACAACACAGUGUGUAACGAAGAUGUCUGAUCCACUGUCAGUGUGGGCAGCUGACAAUUUAUGUGAUGCCACUUGUUUUGUGCACCGAAUAGCCUGAUUAAAUCAAAUAUACUGAGGUGGUA